AUGCAGGCCCUCAUCCUCGUCCUCGCCUACUCGGCACUCGCAUCCGCCACCACCUACUUCCUCACCGUCUUCGCCCCAGACACCAACGUCGACGGGGCUCUGCUCAAUGCCGCCGGUCAAGGCUUCUACACCGGCACUUCGGGGCCUGCGACUUAUUGCCCGGACGACAUUGGCAAGAAGUGUCCUGAAGUGCAGGGAACUCUCGUCUAUGAAGGACUAACCGGCAUGGCAGUCCAAGUCCCCGGUGGCCAAUCAAUCUACGUAGCGCCUUCCGGCCAAGUCGAGUACGCACGCGCGCACUCGACCUACGUUCCGCCCGGGUCCUUCAUCGGGGGCUGGUACAACAAGACCGUUCUCUCGGACUGCGAGCCGACGCGUUACGUGCUCGACUUCCUAUCCCCGGACGGCACCAACAUCGGCGGCGUGAAGCUGUGUCCCGACAUCGAGACCUGGAUGUCCGGUACGGGCGCUAGUUACCGUCUCUACGUUGGCACGCGCAAUUUCAAUUUGACGAACUGUAUUGAUGCUGUGGGGCUGAAUUUGAAUGGUGUCGAGGCGGAGGUUGGGUGUUGGCAGUAUAUCUGA